UUCAUAUAGCUAUAGCCUUAGCUUUUUUUGGGGAAAUUUAGCAAAAUUUAUAAAUUGAUGAUUUUUUUCAAACGCGACAAUUGCUAAGCAUGUAGUGACGGGGUGAGGUUUACUGUUCGGUCAUUCAAAAUGACUGCUUGCUUUGUCCAGAAAGGCUGCAGCUGUACAGUAGACUAAUAUAGUUUUUAGUUUUGGUAAGUAAACAACAUUUUAUCGAGUGGAUGACUUCAAAUUAAAAAAAAUAGUAUAUCAAUUGAUCCACUAUUUUUGCAUAACAAUUUUUUCUUAGGGUUUCAAUUUCAGAACCACAAACUUCCGUAAAACCAGACAACGAUUUCGCUUUUUGUAUUUCUUUUCUAAUGAUUUAUAUAACGAAAUCACGUUCAAACCAAAGUAAACUAACGUGUAAUUCUUUUUUUAUAAAUCACUCCCAUACCACCACUUUCUGUGCAGUAUCGCACACCGUACAAGAUUUGGUGUUCAUUUGGAACAUGACCGAUCCACUGGUAGUUAACCCGGAAAUAGAGUUACCACAGCUAGACAUCAGCAACAACUACACCACCGACUGUACGAUCGAGUACUCGACCGGUAACUUCACAUGUCUGGCGGUGGUGUUCAAUCUAAGAAGACGCUUGGGUUAUCAUCUGUUCCACACGUACAUCCCGUCAGCCCUUAUCGUUGUCAUGUCUUGGAUAUCGUUCUGGAUUAAACCGGAAGCCAUCCCGGCACGUGUUACACUUGGCGUUACCUCGCUACUGACGUUAGCCACACAAAACACCCAAUCGCAACAAUCGCUCCCACCGGUAUCGUACGUGAAGGCAAUCGACGUCUGGAUGUCGUCCUGUUCCGUGUUUGUGUUUCUCUCACUGAUGGAGUUUGCGGUGGUCAACAACUAUAUGGGCCCGGUUGCGACGAAAGCAAUGAAGGGCUACUCAGACGAAGAUCUAUCCGAGGCGAUCGAUUUUAACAAGAACGGUUACAAUAAGGACCAUCGUUCGUCGGAAGUACCCCGGUACGAUACCUUCUGUCACGGGCGGGAAACAGCCCUCUGUAUCGAUAAGUUUUCCCGCUUCUUUUUCCCAUUUUCGUUCUUCAUCCUGAACGUUACCUAUUGGACGACCUUCCUGUAAGAUGGGAUUGAAGAAUCCGCGAGUUUGAAGCAUUUUAAGCAUCACUAGAGGAUGGAAAUCGUAUCGCGAAAAGAUAUGAAGCAAACGAUACUAGACAUAGAGUAUGACCGUAGGUUUAAGAUACUGGCCAUCGGAUUGGUCGAUUGGUUUUAGCAUAAGAAAUGGUAUAUAACAUAGUAAAUAAAAUAGUUCUCCUCCAUUAAUCCGAGUAAACAUUA